AAAAAAAAAAAAAAAAAAAAAAAAAUGGCAUCAGCGUGGAUUUUAUAAAACAAUUUUGGUUUCCAUGGCAACAAGCAUGUAUAAUUUUGCUGGAGUGUUGGAAAACAGCAGAGCUAAAUUAUUUUUUAAUUAUUCUUUCCUUUAUAAGUUGCAUAAUUAUUUCAUCAAUUACUUUCUUUUGACAUAGUCUAUUAUUUUCUUUUGAGGCUGCCCAAUAAUUACAAUAUGAUUUUUUUUUUUUUUUAAAGAAAGCUUCAAACAGUCAGACCAAUCCAAAAUAUUUUGUUACCCUUGCCUUGCUAAAGGAAGACCUGGCAUUUAAUUGAAUUAAAGUUGUUGCAACAGCAAAGAGGAGGUAACAAGGGCUGAGUUCUAAUCACUAGGUACCAGCCAUGCUAUAACUCUUCCUGUAGGAGAUGUGUCUCAUCAUGAACUGGAAAACUGAUAAUUAUUUUCUGAAUGAUGACAAAAGCAAUUCCUUGGAAAGCAAUUCGAAAACUCUUAGGGGUUUUCAUUAUUUUUGUUUGUUUUUUCUUUAUAUACAGUCCUGAUUCAGGUAAAAAGGCUUCAAACAAAAAGUCUUGCAAAAUUGUUGAUUAUGCUUGCCGAGAUGGUAAUCUUCUGAAGGGUGCUUUGGGUGAUUAUUAUUGUGUUAACGAAUCCAUCUUUUUUGUGGAAACAUCAUUUUCUAAUGUUUUGACCCCCAGACAAGCGUGUGCUAUAGAAUCUACUGCUCAUCAUAAUCCGUCUUUCCAAGUCUAUGUUCUGAUGACACCAAUAAAAGCUAUUGAUUUUAGUGAUUCUUAUAUAAAAAUCAUUAGUACACUAACUAAUGUACACUUAGUGCAUAUUACUAUUGAAGAUCUUGUAUGUGGAAGUCCUGUAUGGAAGUGGUUUGUCUCUGAGAAAUGGAAGAAAAGCAAAUGGCAGGCUAGUCAUUUGAGCGAUGCGUUAAGGUUCUUUUUAAUCUGGAAAUAUGGUGGCAUGUAUCUGGAUAUGGAUAUUGUUUGUUUACGCUCCAUGGAACAUCUGAGAAAUAUAGCCAUCACAGAAAACUGGGAAAGAGUUGCUUCUGGAAUAUUAAUCUUUCAAAAAGGACAUGAGUUAAUGAAAAGGUGUAUGUAUGAUUUUGUACAAAAAUAUGACUCCUCAAAUUUUGUUGCAAAUGGUCCUGGCACUAUUACUCGAAAUAUUAAAGCUUACUGUGAUAUGGAUAACAUUGGUAAGAUAUCUGGUGCCGAUUGUAAUGUAGAUAUUCUGCAACCGGCAGCAGCUUUUCCUAUACCGUAUGAUAAAUGGCAAGAUUAUUUUAUUCCUACAACUAAUCUCAAUAUUUCAUUGUUGUUUGAUAAAAGCUACUUGAUACAUGUAUGGAACAAAUUUAGUAAAAUUUCGAAAAUGAAGGUAGGGUUAAACAGUUUGUAUGAAUUAGCUAUGGCACAGCAUUGUCCUUUAGUUUAUAAACACAUUGUGUUAGUUGGAUAUGCUAAGUAAUUUUAUUUACUAUUUUACUUUUUUUUUUUUUUUAGUAUUUUUAUUUUUUAUUUACUUGUGCUGUUUCCAAUUAAUUUGCUAUUAAGGUUAGUAAAACCUAUUUUAAUGUGUGUUGUCUGAAUCUUUUAUUUUAUAUACUUAUAUAUUUUUUAAUUUUAAAGAAUGCUUUAUGAAUCUCUGAUAUAAGAAAUCUCAAAUAAGAAAUCUCCAAAAUAAAAAGGCAUAAGGAUUUGAAGCAUAUUGUUCGAAACAAAGCAGAAUUUCUUGAAAAUAACUGUUUUUAAAAUGAUCCAACAAUUCUUUUCAAUAUUUUUUGGUUCUAGCAGUUCUUUUCAAUAGUUUUUGUUUUUGAUUGUUUCCCUGAAUAUAACAAAUGCAUCAUAAAGAAGCUUUUGAUGAUUAGUCAAAUAUUUAAAUCUUAUUAAAUUAUCUUGCUCCACUUGCCAUUUAGUGGUCAGAAAAAUUAGUUUCAUUGUCUUCUUUGUCAAUAUUCUUGAUCUGAUUACUUUUUAUUGCAUGUUUUCACCGAAAAUUUAUCAACUUUUGAAAUCUUUACUUUUACAAAUUUCUCUAGAAAAAGUUAAUUUUUUUAUUGAUGCAUGCGAAUUCAAUAGCAUACAAAUGUGUAUAUAUUUCUUUGCAACAAUUCUUAUCCUUUCUAUGCUAAUAAGAACAAAUAUUUCAAUAUAUUUUUAAGCAUUCCAUCUAUGCACUUUGAAUAUCCAUUCUGACCAUUUUCCCUUUAUUUUAGCUGUACAGGGAAAAUUCCAUUUGAAUAGUUGUUGAUUAAAUUUUAUUGUAUGCUAAUCAUAUAUGUAAUGUUUCGCAUUUAGGAUAGAUGAGAUUAAGAUACAUUCCCUAUUCGUUCAUAAUUGUGAUUUUUUUCCUCUCUUCUUAAACGUUUAUUUGUUCUGAAAGAAGUUCAUAUCUAAAGUCAUAAAGUUUGGUAACUUUUCCUUUAGUUCCUAUAGAAAUGAAAAUGGAAUUCCUAUGGAAAAUGGACUUAACCACUUUCAUAAUCAAUCGCAAUUCAAUUUCUUUUAUUGAUCAAUUUUAUAUUCAGCAAAACAUUAUCAUUUCUUUAAAGAUAAUAAAUAUAAACUAGUUAUAAAUAAGAAAUUUACAGUUAAUUAAUUACAAAUUAUGUAAUGUUUCAUUUUUAAAAAAAAGCUUACACCACUUUUAAAAUAAAUAAUCCAGUUCAUUACAUCAAAGAGUAUUUUUUUUUAAACUUUGAUUUUGACAUUGCAAAAAAUUUGAUUUAAAAUAUGUUUGUGAAUCAUCAUCGUGAUUUAUUACAAAAUUUCGGAUGAGAACUUAUUGUUCUAUCCUAGAAUAUAUCUUAUAACUGCUAUUUUAUCAUUUGAGUAGAAAUUUAUACGAUAUAAGUUUUUGAAUUGUCUGAUGAUCUACAAUUUCUGCAUUUGUAAAUCUAGAGUGCCUUUGAGGUGUUUGUUCGAGUGCCUUUUUGGUGUUUAUAUAGAGUGCCUUUUUGGUGUUUAUAUAGAGUGCCUUUUUGGUGUUUAUAUAGAGUGCCUUUGAGGUAUUUUUGUAGAAUACCUUAUAGAGUCAUAUAUAGAGUGCCUUUUAAAUUCAUACACAAAAUUAGAGUAGGUACCAUUUUAAAAUCAAAUCUGAUUGUUGUGGAUUACUUUCUGAGCUUUUUGAUAACGGUUCGAUAAACUAUGAAUAAAGCUCUUACUCAUUUUUGUGCUGUAUCUUUCAUAAAAAUGAAUUUUGCGCUUUGUUAAAACUUUGGGUAGUUUUUCCACUCACAAUGUGCUGGGCGAAUAGUUUGAACUUUUAUUUUUAUCUGUUUUAUUUUACUAAAUGUUUGAUUUUACAAUCUCAAAAUUUAAAUUUUUAGAGCAUAGCUGUCCAAGAAAAUCCAGAAGAGAGCGCUGCUUUGUACAUAUCUAAUUGUGACUAGGAUAAUGUAUUUUUAAGCAAUUGCCCAAGAAGCUUAUCCCUGAGUAUGUGAUUAUCUAAAACAUUCUGAAAUUUUAAAUGUCAUAGUAGAAUGCUUUCUAUAUUGAUAAAAAUCCUUGUAGAUUUAUGUAUAUAUUGAGGGCCAUUCAUUCAAAUAUAUGUGUAAUUUUUAUAUCUAGUUUCAAAUCUUUAGCUAUUGAAUAGUAGCAUAAUUACAUUUAGAAACUAAUAUAUAGGAGUUCUAUAGUAUUAUAUUUGUGAUAUGAAGCUAAAUCCGUCUUUGUUCCUACUUUUGGUUCAUGAUGUGAUAUAAAACCAUCUUUAGAGUAGAUUGAAAGCUAAAUGAGGCAUCUAUUUUUAUUCCCUGAAGCAUUUAUUUAGAUUUAAUGAGGCAUUUAUAAAUGCCGAAUGAUGUGUUUGGUGAUUUAUCAAAGCAUUUAUUACUGUUAUUAUUUUAUGAUGUAUUUGUUGAUUUAUCAAAGCAUUUAUUACUGUUAUUAUUUUAUGAUGCUUUUAUUUUUUACACUGUAAGUGAAUUUAUUUUUAGUAUUUUAGGAUUAAAUUUUUUAUUUUAGACUGUUUUUUAAUUAAAGGCGGCGUUAGUAGAGGGGCAGUUAGCCCCCCCCCCCGUCGGUGUGAGAGUUUCAUUAGCAAAUGUUUUCACCACUUCAGGAGGUUGUGGAGAGCUGGGUAUUUAACGAAUAUGAUAAUUUAAUAUUAAUAUACUGUAAACAAUCGAAAUAUCCAAAUAAAGUUUAAGCGGUGCCUCUUUUGGCAAUAUAACCAACAAGGUGAUAGGUGAAUAAGAUGUCGCAUUUUACCGAUAAUUUUUGGUCGGUUCACUAAAAACUCAAUAUGAUGGAUGGCGAUGACGUUAAGUCCGAAGAUUCUCCGCACAAAAGAUCAAUAUCUAAAUUUUUUAAAAAAGCGGAAUAAUACGUAAUUUUCUUUAAUUAAAUGUACAAUGAACUACUAGGAGUUAUUUUGAAACCAAAUUAGAGAGAUUGUGCUUAGCCCCUUGUCUGAUUUAUCUUACCUCCCCGUCGGCAAACUUCUGCCGCCGCCUCUGUUUUUAAUUGUUAUUACAAAGCUAGUGAAGAAUAGUUUAAGAAUAUAGUGUAAUUUUAUAUAUUGCAUGUAUUGUCUGUAAGUGAUUAGAAUAGAAAGUAUUUUCAGUGUAAGUGUGUAUCAUGAAUCUUUCCAGUUCUACUAUUUUGCCGUAUUAAAAUAGUAGGAUUGGUUAGGAUAAUUGGGAACGAAUUUUUCAAACUUUGCCAUUUUCUUUAAUUUGAAAUGGUAAUAUCAGAUCGGAAAUAGGCCUGUAAUUUAUGCGAAUGUAUAAUCAUAUUCUGGUGGUGUCAUUAAGUAAUCUCUUUUUUAAUUCAAGUUAAUUUAUUAAUUAAGCAGUUUAAGUUACAGCGAUGCUCCUAAUUACCGUUUUUAUGAUCUUAAUUAUGUCAGACUAUAAAGUAAUUGGGAACGAAUACCGUUUGGGCUUCUGAUCAAAAUAACGGACUGAUUUGAAGACAUUAUGUUUGAAAUAAUAAUCAAGUACUGCUUCUUGCCUCAGAAUUUAUUUUAUUGCCUAUUCCAACUAUCCCACACUGCUGAUUUUUUAAAAAUUGUUUCCCAUUAAAACAUAUUUUAUUUCGUGCAAUAUCGCACAUAUGCACAACCAUAAUUAUUCAAUAUGCUUACAGUUUGGAGUAAGUUAUAAUUAUUUAAUCCCCAAUUUUGAUUGGAAAUAGACCUUUAUAAAAAUUGAAAUGACUGAAUUUUAUGAAACAUGAGAGGACUCGGAACUUUGAUUACGAAACAAAAACACUGAAACUAAAACAAGAAAUCACACUGAAAAAGGAGAAAAGUGUUGUCUUCCUCUAAAGUGCCUUAAGGAAGGUGCAUGUUUUUCGCUCACUAAUGCGUACUGUAGUCAUUGUUCCCAAUUACCCUCCCUGAUCCUAUCUGUUUAUAAACACAAAGUAUUUUUUAAAUGCGUACAAAAAUACAGCUUUUUAUAUCAAUACAGAUAAGUGCCAGAUUCUAGUAUUAUUCAAUACUUUUGUUUAUCUUGCUUUGAAAAUGAUUAAUAGUGAAAUCUUAAAUUUAUUUUUCUAAAAUAUCUUGUUAAAAGUAAGGGAAUGUUACUGAUAAUGACGCUUUAGUUAUUUCUACUUGUUUACAAUGUAUAUGAAAGUGCAUUCUGUAAUAAUUUACUGAGGGUUUUUUUUAUUUUCAUAAUUUAAAUGAGAAGUUUGUUAAUUUUUUUGUUGAAUUUAUUAAAUUAUUUAUGCAAAAUUUUGUAAUUAAAAUUCAAAUAUUAAUCUUAUUCACGGUAGCAGUAAGUCAAACUCAUUUUCCUCUACUAAGAUACGUGAUAGUGUUAUUUUAAAAU